AUGGACUGUAUGUUCGACAAAAAUUCCCAUGGAGAGGUUUCCAGACGAGAGUCCAGUGAACGACUUCUCGCAGAGGAAGAAGGCACUCUCUGGAGUGGAAAGGAAACACCAACACCCACAUGUAACAGCUUUGCAGCAUGUCUCUUGCAGCUGAGUGCACUUGUGUCAGUAUUCUUAGUCGGGACUCUAUUCGGCUUUCACUGGCGUGGUGACCUGAAUGGCCUUUGCAAUCGACACGUUUCUCAAUAUUCAACCGUCAUGAAGGAAGUUGGCAUUCGAUAUAGCCUGCAAGAAUUCAAUGGCUCUCUCCUCAAAGAGAAUGUUUUCCGACAAGAUGCUGGCCCGGAUGUUGAUGCAGCAUGGGACUCUCUAGGCGUCAACUACCGCGGUGUUCGAAUACCACCAGAAGACGCCGAACAAUCUGGACUUGCUACCGACCAAGUCAAGAUCAAUGCGAAGUAUGGGGGAGGAUUUCCUGCAAAUGUUGAGGGCUUGCACCACCUUCACUGUCUGAAUCUCCUUCGUCAGUCACUCUAUUAUAACUACGACUACUACCACGCAAAGGGGGAAGGGCCCUUCACGAACAAUGACUAUAUCGUCCGCCACCACGUGUCACAUUGCCUCGAUAUUCUUCGUCAAGAGCUCAUGUGUACGGUCGACAGCGGAGUCUUGGGUCAAGUCUGGAUCUACCCUGAGAACCCGGAGCCCUAUGUUGACUUCAACACUCAGCAUCGAUGUAAAAACUUCGACGCGGUCCGUCGCUGGGCCGAAAAGAACCAGCUGCCUCAAGAUCCCCCUGCGGACUUUUUGCAGCCACCAUCACAGGGAGACCGAAUUUAUAGCCAAAUGCCAUGA